GGCCUGUAGCGCGACGGAAGGGCCUCAGCGCUGGCGGCGUCGGGGUCGCGGGUUCGAGUCCGGGUACCGGCGGCGGUGGGGCGGCCAUGGCGCGGCGGGCCGUUUUGUUCGACCUUGGCGGCGUGCUCUUUCGGCCCGGCCUGCAGCAGUUCCUGGGCUCCUGCGAGCGGGACUGCGCUCUGCCCAGGAAUUUCUUGCAAAACGUCAUGUUUGCCGGCGGAUCUGACAGUCCUUAUGCUAAAGCCAUGAGGGGACAGAUCACCCUGUCCCAGCUCUUUUCGGAGAUGGAAGAGGGCUGCAGGCAGCACGCCUCCGCCUUGGGCAUCGUCCUGCCGCCCACCUUCUCCGUCGCCCGAGCCUUCGAGGAGAUGGCAGCCGAGGGGACCGUCAAUGCCCCCCUUCUGCGGGCAGCGAGGGCGCUGCGCAGGAACGGAUUUAAGACCUGCGUCCUCACCAACAACUGGGUGGAUGACAGCGCGGGGCGGCUCUUCACGGCCACGCUGAUGAACCUGCUGCACCGUCACUUCGACCUGGUGAUCGAGUCCUGCCGGCUCGGAGCGCGGAAGCCAGAUCCCCAGAUCUACACCUAUGCCCUGGAUGCGCUGCGGGCAAAACCGCAGGAGGUCAUCCUCCUCGACAACAUCGGGGAGAACUUGAAGCCGGCCCGGGAGAUGGGCAUGGCCACCGUCCUCGUCAGGGACACCGAAACCGUCCUGAAGGAGCUAGAGGAGCUCUCGGGUGUCCAGCUUCUCACCCAAGAAGAGCCGCUGCCAACUGCGUGUGAUCCGUCCGAUGUGACCCACGGAUACGUGCCCAUCCGGCCUGGCGUCCAGCUGCACUUUGUGGAAAUGGGGCAUGGCCCCGUCGUCUGCCUCUGCCACGGCUUCCCCGAGUCCUGGCUCUCCUGGCGCUACCAGAUCCCAACUUUGGCUGAUGCCGGCUUCAGGGUGAUCGCUCUGGAGAUGAAGGGCUACGGGGAGUCCACGGCCCCGCCGGACAUAAAAGAAUAUUCCCAGGAGCAGAUAUGCAAGGACCUGGCAGUUUUCCUGGACAAACUGGAAGGCAAAUCACCUCUCGGGUGCUGCUUUUGGGGUGCAGCCAUGGGGGCACGGGCUGACGGCCCCCUUCCCCGCAGGGCAUCCCACAGACCGUGCUGGUCGGCCACGACUGGGGCGGUGCCGUGGUCUGGAACAUGGCUCUCUUCUACCCCGAGAGGAGCCGUCGCCUCGCUGAACACCCCGUACCGACCCGCCGACCCCGCUGUGGACAUCGUGGAGAAGAUGAAAACCUACCCCACCUUUGAUUACCAGUUCUAUUUCCAGGAGCCGGGUGUCGCAGAGGCAGAGCUCGAGAAGGACAUCAGCCGGACCCUGAAGGUCCUGAUCCGCUCCACGCGCCGGGAGGACCGCCUGCCCUUUGCGCUCAACUUCCACAGGGUCCGGGAGCGAGGGGGGCUGCUGGUGGGCUUCCCAGAAAACCCCCCCGCCAGCAAGAUCCUGGCCGGCCCCGAGCUGCAAUACUACAUCCAGCGCUUCGAGAAAUCUGGCUUCAGUGGCCCCCUGAACUGGUACCGCAACAUGCGACCCAACUGGCACUGGGCUCUCUCUGCCAAGGACAGGAAGAUCACGAUGCCAGCCCUGAUGGUCACGGCCGGGAAGGAUGUGGUGCUCCAUCCCAGCAUGAGCAAGGGCAUGGAGGAGUGGAUCCCGCAGCUGCGCCGGGAGCACAUCGAGGAGUGCGGGCACUGGACGCAGAUGGAGAGGCCGGCGGUGCUGAACAGGAUCCUGGUGGAGUGGCUGGAGGGGCUCCCCCCCGACACCCCCUUGCCCAAGAUCUCCAGGCUGUGAGCGGGGGGCCCUGCCCCGUGCCUUCCCUCCUUCCUGGGAUGAUUGUGCCUUUAGGGUUUGAUUGCUUGAUUUUUUAUUUUUUUUAACUUUUAGGGUUGGAUUUUUACCUUUAGGGCUUGAUUUGUAUUUUUGGGGGGUUGAUGGGUGGAAGCGAUGUGUGAGCCGGGGCUGGGAGGAGGGUAGCACAAAGCAUCGCCCCUACUUUGUGCAGCUAAAAGGGUCCCGGUGAGCUCUCGUGGGGGUCCUGGGGUGUUGGGAGAUGGUUUGGGGUCGGACCCAUUCUCGUGCCGUGGCAGGGGCUGCAUUGGGGCUGCCCUAUCCCCCCCGACCCCAUCCCAGGUGCUUCCCUCGCUCGGGGUUUGUGUCCCGGGUUGUGGCCGCUCGUGCCGCGUGGUUGGUUUUGGCGUGGAGGUUUUAAUGCACUAAUAACAAUGAAUGCUGCCUGAGAAAUCACCUUCUGCUUUGUAACGUUGAGAAAUAAAGCACAAAGUGACCCGA